CUCAUCUAUAAUUAGGAAGGGGAAAACCUGCCAGUUACUAAAAUUAACUUGAGCGGAAAACCUUUACAUUCCGCUGAGCACUGGCUGUAGGAGGAAUGAAGUGUAUACGAGUAUUUUACAUUGAAUUGGUUUUUAUAUUUUCUUGUGUAAAUGGAAAAGCUGCAGACUGUGAAGCCCUAGAUGUAAAAGUGUACGUUGAUGAUGCCGUAACGUCAGACAGACAGAAAGAACAGAUUUCCCAACUUCUCAGCAGUGUCGCAUCUUCAAUUCCGGAAGGAAGUUCUUUCGACCUUAAUUUGAUAGGAUCUGACAUUGAAAAACUAGCAUCAUUUUCCAUCCCAAGUGAUAAUAACGACUGGCUUGAUCAACUAAAAGAAACACUAAGUAAUGUGAGGCCCGAUGAGAACCACGUAAUAUCAUUCAGUAAAGCAAUCGAUAGAGAUUUACUUUCAUUCUACGGAGUUAAUCAAUAUAAGUCAAAGGCAGAACUUGUUAUAAUAUUGGUGGAAUCCUCAACUAAAUUUGACACUCGCCAUUCACUUAUUUGGAAGAAAAAGACAGUCGUUGUGAUCUUAGGGAACGGUGCAUCUUUAGAUCAGGAGAAAGUUGCAUCACAUGAAGAUCACGUGUUCGUUGUACCGGAACUGGCAGAUGUUGAAAAUGUCACAGAGAGUCUUAGUAAAACUAUCUGCAAAGAUUCCAAAUUGCACUGUGAUACAGAUCGCUAUAGCUUAAGAAGAGGAUCCAAGUGUAAAAAUUGCUCCGAGAAUGUUUGUUCAGAUGAUAUAGCAACUGCAAACACAAGCAAUACCUGCAAAACCAGAUGCCCUUACUACAAAACAACAAGAGAGGAAAUUAAAGUAGAACCGGAGACAAAUUAUGAAACCUUUGUAAAGAUUCAGGAUCACAAAUACACGACCAUCGCUGCAAUACUUGCAGUCAUCAGCAUAAUACUAAUAACAGGGGUGAUAGCCCUUGUCAUUGUCAUAAGGCGAAAUCGUGAACGCAUCGGUGAGGGGGAAGAUACACCUCUGCAGAACAACCAAGAUGGGGCUAUAAACGACAGAGUAAUAGAUAACCUUCCAGACUCGGUGGCCCAUCAAGAAACUGGCGAAGUUCCAGCAACACAACGAAUGCAAGUACAGACAGACGAAGAAGUGGGCGAGGCAUCAGGAACACAACAUGAAUAUGAACCAACGGACGCGGAAGUUGCUGCUGCUUCUAUGAAAAAUGAAAGGGAAAGAGCAAUGAAUGAAACAGCGUUAGAGCCGCCGGUUUAUGAUAUCCAUGGGAGUGCGGACUUGCAUCCGCUGUAGAAGACUUGACGAUAAGUGAGUUGACAGUCAGUAUUGUUUCAACAGAAAGAAAAAGUGACGUUAUUCAGCAAAUCUGAGUGUGUCGUUUCUUUCUUUGCUUGCAUUACAGAGGACAAUAGGACGGCAAAGUGCCAGAUACUCGUAUAGGUCGAGUACUCGCUCGGGAGGGCCGGUUCUGAUAGACGUGGGCUGGAGUAGAGAGGAUCCAAUGUGAUAAAACUGAGACUUGAGACCAGUCUUAGAAUGCGAUAUACUUUCUCAUUGGUCAAAUACAAGACUGUUGUCAUAUGUUGGAGGUUUUGGACUUGUCCGACUUGUCCUUAAAGUUCGAUUUAUAAUGUUGAAAUCAGAGAGCAAGGAAAGAAACACUACAUACGUGUAUACAUAGUUCUUUUGUUAAAAAAUAUAUCUUUCAUGCGGGUUGUGAAAACUUUUAAUAUAAAACAAAAAAGAAAAUGAAAAUACUUCUAAGUUGUAAUAAUAUGAAUAUUAAAAGAUAAACUUGUUUUAAUCCAUUUUCCCUAAAUACUGUUCACUUUUCAGUUCUGAUUCGAUAGGAAAUUCAUGAUUGGACAAUAAUUUUACAGUACAUUUACUUUGUAAACUCAAAAUAAACAUUUAUCCAUAAAAAUGGUUUACAAAAUAAAACACAUUUAAUAACAAAGUAUGACUACCACAGUUCAUUAUAAAUAACUAUUGUUGCAUGACAUUAAUUCACGGAGAAAGUUUAACAUCCGCGGUUAUUUUUAUAUUUAGCUAAUUUUAACUUAAUGAUGAUUUUCUACAAUUUAAAAAUUAAUAUCUAAUAGAAAAUCAGUUUAGUGAUACGCUUAGUAUCUCUGAUAUGUGUAGUACUGUUUUUAUAGAUGUUGGUUUUGUUGUUUUACGUGUCCAUGUGAAUAAGAAAGUGUAAGAUAUAAUUCAAAAUGUCUCUAAAUCGUCUUGUACGUGAAAUUUUGGAAAGCUCCGUUUUAGAUUUUCUUUUAAUUUUCAGUUUUCAGUGCAUUACACAUCAGAAACCAAUCUCUUUCUUAUACAAAUGUGUCUGCAUUUCUUCAGUGUAUAUAUUUUAUUUGGUUGUGUGUAUUAUAAUAUAAGGGAGUGUAUUUAAUAAUAGUUGUUACCUUUAUAAUUCUGCUUGUUAUGUUAUAAAAAUUAUAUAUACUAUAAAGUCUGAUGAUGUAAAUUAGUAAUAAACCAUAUAUAUUUAGA